AUGCAGUUCCAAGGUUUUGGCACCUCCAGCGGGGGAAGUGGUAGAGCUGGGGAGGGUCCGCCUGAGCCAAAAGCCCAGCCCAAGAAGAAAGCUGUUCCUGUGUCCAAAAAGUUGAGUUCGAACAUUGCUACAUGUUCACAAAAGUUGACCGAAAUCCUGGGGUGGCAAAGCAAAUUGAAAGACAACACAGCUGGGUUGACUGAUCAAUUGUUGGGUGGCUUCAAGAAGGAGUUGGACGGCCGCUACAAGUCGCUCCAGGAUGCGAGAGUGGAAUUGGAGAGGUUGUAUGGCAAAAGGGUGGAUGAUUCCAAGAUUGAUCUUCCCGAGUUCCAGCAAUUGAAGGAGGAAUGCUUAGCUGGGAUUCGCCAGGACCCGCCGAAGGCCAAAGCCAAGGCGAAGGCCAAGGCCAUUCCCAACAAGCCUGCUGAAGAUGGCAACGGUGGAGAUGGAGCUGGUGCUGCAGUGAGAGAUGAUCGAUCAUCACCCCUGUAUGCCUUCCUACUGAAAGAAGCGGGCCUUGGUGACACUUGUUUCCAAGAGUUCAAACACCAUGGAGUCAAACUUCAAGGGCCUUGUGCUUCUUUGUCAUCAGCUGGGUGCCGUGGAAAGUUCUCUUCGAAUGUUCAGCGGGAUAUUUUGAGGAAGGUGGUCAAGCAUGAUCCUGACCAGGUGAAAAUUGAUUCGAUCAGUGUUCCUGUCCAAAAACAACGAGGACCAAAUGGCGUAGAAAACAGGAACCUUCCAGUGGUCAUGCCACACGACUUGGUUGACUUGUUGCCCCACAUUGAUGAGUCUGAAAUCAAGCACUAUUGGGAUCACCUCUCAAAGGUCAACAGCCCCCUUGCCAAGAUCAGCCCCGAGAAGAACCACUACCCCCUCUGGAUAUGGGGAGACGAAGCACAGUAUCGUGAAAAUGGUGACGAAAUCAUGCUGAUUUGCAUUGGAGCUGUGUUAGACAACCGGAAACAUAGCAUCGAAUCAUGCUAUCCACUGAGCAUCUGUCGUUCCGAAUUGAAAGCUGGGUUUCCAACCGUGCGUGGAAUCCUGGAAGCUGUAGUUGCAUCCUUGACAUCCUUGUAUGAGGAUGGAGCAUCUGUGCCUGGUGGUCAGCAUGUGCAUUUUGCGGUCACUGAAAUCAGGGGUGACUGGAAGUGGCAGGCCGGCCUGAGCCGCAAACAGGACGUGGAAACACUCACCUUCUUAGGCCCCUUACUUCAACUCCCAGCUUUUCAAGUUGAGAUGAUUCGAUGGGAUGGUAUGCACACCAUCAACCUGGGGGCUGAUCUGUGGGUGAUUGCCAGUGUCAUCAAGAAGUUGUUCGAAUACGAUUUGUUUGGAGGGACAGAUAUGGAUGAAGGGGAUCGCUUGCUGAUAGCAUAUGAUGAUUUCCGGACUUGGGCUAGAACCAACAAAGUUCAGCAUUCGGUGCCCAAGUUCCGCCCCUGGCGCUUUAGAAGCAAACAGCAUCCCUGGCCAGAAUUGCAAAGCAAGGCCUACAAUGCUCGAGUGAUGCUGGCAUGGCUCUGUGAGGUGGUUGUGGGUUUAGCGAACGGUGUGUACCAGGAUGAUGAAUGGAUUCCUCUUCUUGCAUCUUGUACGUGGCACUUGGCUGAGUGGCAUCGAAAUACUGAGCUUUUGGGUCGAUAUCUCACCCCAGAGAAUGCGUUGCAGUUGCAGCGACACUGUGAUGGGUGCUUGGUGUACUACCUGUCCCUGGCUGACAAGGCCGUCAGGGCGAAUGAGCUGCUGUUUCCCAUUCGACCCAAACUGCAUGCAUACCAGGAGCUUGCCUUUAUCCAAGUUCAAGACUGUCUCAACCAUCGCUUCUUUCAAGGGUACAAACCUGAAGAUUUUAUAGGACGUUUGGCGGUGGUUGCUGCUUCGGCCAACAAUUCUGCAGUUGAGUUCAUAGCCUUGAAGCGAUUCUAUGUUGGGCCCCUUCGCAUUUCAAUGGCAUUGUUUCUCCCACAAAUAUGGGUAUGA